AUGUUGGUCCUUGAAGAGCAGCGCUACAUCCAUGAGGAUCUAGAGCGCCUCGAGCAAGGCGUCGCCGAUCGCAUUCGCGACGAACCCAAACAUAUUCGCGAUCGCCUCAACAGAGAUCACGAGAUUUCUCAAUUACUAGACCAGAUCCAAGUCCAAUCAAAGAACCUCCUCGACAUCUACAAGGACGAGAACGGAGUACGAUCACAAGAGAUCCAGCAGAUUGGCACCGGCGACCCAUUCGAGGAGUUUUACAAGCAGCUCAAAGAUGUCCGCGAUCACCACGCACGAUACCCCAACGAGCAGGCCGAGAACUCGGAGCAGCGGUACAAGGUCAAGAGACCGACCGAGGGAGAGCCCAUGCCGUCCAUCGUGGACUCUCUGUUCUCCGGAGAAGAAGCGUACGGACGAUUCUUUGAUCUGAACACCUGCCACGAAGCGUACCUGAACCUUCCCAACGUCAGACGAUUGACAUAUCUCCAAUACCUCGAGACAUUCGACAACUUUGCCCCUGGCCACGGCGGCGUCAGUCGAUCAAACAAGCUGACCGAUCAGUACUUCAAGUACGUUGGUCAACUAGCAGAAUACCUCGAGAGCUUCAUGCGACGGACGAGACCUCUGGAGAACGUGGACAAGGUCCUCACAUCGUUCGAUCAGGAAUUCGAGACGGCGUGGGACAAGGACGAGAUUCAGGGCUGGGAGAAGGAGACGCCUUCAGAUGUUGGCAAGCAGGCUUCCGCGGCAGAUGCUAUCUGGUGCGAUGAUUGCCAAAAGGAGUUCAAGAACGAAAACGUCUACAAGAACCACUUGACAGGGCGAAAACAUAUCAAGGCGGCCGAGCAGAGGAAACAGCGCCAGGAAGAAUCGACCCCCAGCGGCGCAACCAACGGAGCUGUCUCAGCAACACGACUAAAGGAGCGCGCUGUAGCAGAGCGAGAAUACAGAGUCAAGCGACUGGCCAGCGCCAUGAGCACCGAGCGCAGCGAUACACGCGUCAACGUCGAGCGCAAGCAGGGCAUGACGGAGCGUGAGCGUCAACAGGAGCUCGACAACCUCCUCAACGUCCCCGAAGGUCCACAGGAGGCAGUCGACGAGGGUGAUGGCGAGGACGAAGACGGCGAGGAGAGGAUCUACAACCCCCUCAAGCUACCCCUCGCAUGGGACGGAAAGCCCAUUCCCUUCUGGCUGUACCGUCUUCACGGUCUAGGCGUUGAAUUCCCCUGCGAGAUCUGCGGCAACUUUGUCUACAUGGGUAGAAGAGCUUUCGACAAGCACUUCAACGAGGCGCGACACAUCUACGGUCUCAAGUGUCUUGGUGUCACCAACACGGCGCUGUUCAGAGAUAUUACGCGUAUCGAUGAGGCGCUGAAGUUGUGGGAGAAGAUCCAGAGGGAGAAGAAGCGCAACAAGGUCGACGAGGGCAGUGUGGUGCAGAUGGAGGAUGGAGAGGGCAAUGUCAUGCCUGAGAAGGUGUACUAUGAUUUGCAGAAGCAGGGUCUCUUGUAG